AUGACUCCCGUAUCUAUCGUGAUAUCUUUAGUGGUAGUAGUCCUGCUUGGACAGGCGAUCUACAAUAUCUAUCUUCACCCACUUCGGAAAUUCCCUGGUCCCAAGCUCGCGGCAUGCUCGAAUAUAUGCUACAUCUGGUGGACAGUCUCAGGGGAAAUACAUGCCAAGCUUAAGGAAUUGCAUGACCAGUAUGGCGAUGUUGUGCGCAUUUCACCCUCCACCCUGGUGUACCGAAGCGCCAAUGCUUGGAAAGACAUCUACGGCCACCGGAAACAUGGUGCCAGUUCGUUCAUCAAGGAUCCCAAGUACUAUAUCCCCAGCCCGAACGGCGGGCAUAUACUUUCAGCUGGUGAUGCCGAUCACGCCAGACAGCGGCGCCUAUUGUCGCAUGCGUUCUCCGAGAAAUCGUUGAGAGAACAAGAGUCGCUUGUACAGCAUUAUGUCGAUCUCCUCGUCGAGAAACUGCGUGCUGAAUGUGCUGCUUCGCGAAGCACGGUCGAUAUGAUGAAGUGGUACAAUUACACGACCUUUGAUAUUAUUGGAGAUUUGGCCUUCGGGGAGCCGUUCGAUUGCCUCCGGGACAAUCGCUACCACCCCUGGGUGAAGAUGGUCUUCCAAAGUGUGAAAAUGAGCGUCUACCUGAGGCUCAUUCACCUUUAUCCGUUGCUAGAAUCACUGGUGAAAAAGUUACUCCCAAAAAAGGCUGCGAGAAUGAGAAAUGAGCACUGGCACAUGAGUAAGGACAAAGUCGGUCGUCGGCUUGAUCUGCAGACUAGCAGGCCGGACUUCAUCUCCUGCAUUCUCAGACACAAUGACGAACGAGGCAUGACGCGGCAGGAGAUAGAAGCGAAUGCAGGUGUUUUAAUUCUUGCUGGGAGUGAGACAACCGCUACUUUGCUGUCCGGCUGCACUUUUUAUCUUCUGAAAUACCCUGAAAAGUACAAUAAGCUCGUCCAGGAAAUUAGGGGGGCUUUUCAGAAGCAAGACGAUAUCACCUUCCUUUCAGUGGCAAGACUCCCGUACUUGCAUGCUGUUCUCGAAGAAAGCUUACGAUUAUAUCCUCCUGUGCCUGGAUAUCUUCCAAGAAAGGUCCCUAUGGGCGGCGCUUCCAUUGACGGACAAUAUAUCCCGGGAGGUGUCUCUGUAUCUGUAGUACCAUUCUCGGCGUCUCGGGCGAAAUCCCAUUUCGUCGAGCCCGAAUCUUUUAUUCCUGAGCGCUGGCUGGAAAACAGGGAUCCUAGGUUUGAAUCGGAUAACCGAGAGGCUUCGCAGCCCUUCUCCUUUGGUCCUCGGAAUUGCCUAGGCAAGAAUCUCGCUUAUGCUGAAAUGCGCCUCAUCGUUGCAAAGCUGCUCUGGAACUUUGACAUGGCCCUCCAUGAAGACUGCUGCGACUGGGAUGAUCAGACAUCGUAUAUCAUUUGGCAGAAGCCUUCCUUGAUGGUGGAACUGAAGGCUGUCAGGUGA